CCAAUAUCCCAGCUCAGAUGAAUGGUCUGUGCUUCAAAGACUACUGCAAGGUGAUAGACUCUGCUUCUCUCAGCAUAUCUCGUAAGCCCAGAGGAAAGCACCAAAUACCAGGUCUCGAGGGAUAUGACCAAACGCCGCAACACCGCACCCAACCAUGGAUGACGACACAAGUAUGAAACAAGAGACGGAAGAAGGUCAUGAGGGCGGAGAAUCCGUUAAACAAGAAUUCACGGAAUUGUCCGAACCAGAUGCAUUACCUGCACAAGUCUCCAAGCCUUCAGUGGCGACCAACGAGGCUAGCCGAUUGAAGGACCUGCAGGCCGAUAUCCGUGACCAAGAUGAUCUAGAGAGAGAUAUCGCCCGCCAGGCAGACAAGCUGCUCCUGGAACAGGCCGACGAGCGGGACACCAAGAGGCUGGAGCGGACUCAGCGCGAGAAACAGAAGGUGGAGUCGCAAAUCUUGAAACUGCAUCAGCGUCUGUCCCAGCCCGUUGGGACCGCCGCCAGGGUCCGCGCGCAGAAUGAACUCCAAAACCUCGAGUCGCGUAACACCGCCUUGGCCAAUGACCUCGUGGACAUUCAGCAGCGGAUGGUUGAUAGAACCCGAGCGCAAGAGGGCGACGGCGAGACCUCCCGGAUCGGACGCCUGCCGAACGAGUCGCGUCGGGACUACCUGAUUCGCACGGGCAAGAUCACCCCCUUCAUGAACAUGAGCCAUGGUCCGGACCAUGGCCCUCUUGCUAGCUUGCAGGAUGCGCUCAUCGACGCUGAAGAUGAGCAUAAUGAAGCUGAGGCUUUGGAGCGCUUCAAAGUGCAAUCGGCAGUCUCCCACCGGAACCUCGUGCGUCCGGGGUUUGAUUUCGAUGUGUCCAGUGGUCCGGACAGUACGGAUCUGUCUGCUGAUACUCGGAGUGCGAAGCGUCGAAAGGUGACGCAUGCGCGGCCUCCGAAAAGUGAUCGCCAAAAGCAGGAGGCGUGGGGCGACAGCUCAGAAGCGCCUGAUGAAAGUCAGUCGGAGAAAGGCGAUGAUGACUCGAAUUACGUGGCGUCAGAAGAUGAAGAAUCACAGCCCGAGCUCGAGGAGAGCUAUUCAUGUUCUGAUGAGCUGUCAGAGCGAGCAGCGUCCCGGCAGGAGAAGAAUAAAACUUCUGCGGACGAAAUGGAAGAUUUCACCGGCCUGGACGAUGGUAAAGAGACGGUCUAUCAAAGUAGACUGCAAUCAUGGGUCAGUCGCAGGAGCGCUGCAAGACAGCGUGCGCGUAAGGCUCAGCAUACAGAAGAAGGUGGUGAUUCUGUAAUGAAUGAGAUUCCAGUUGAAGAAGAUCAUGAACAGGACGAGUGGUUCAAUCCUCACCCGACCGUUCCCGAUAUGCAUUAUGACAAUGGAUAUCGUCUUCCCGGCGAUAUCCAUGCCUUGUUGUUCGACUACCAAAAGACUGGAGUUCAGUGGCUAUGGGAGUUGCAGCAGCAACAAGUGGGUGGUAUCAUCGGUGACGAGAUGGGCUUGGGCAAGACGAUCCAAGUCAUCGCAUUCAUCGCGGGUCUGCACUAUAGCAAGAAGCUCACACAGCCCGUGGUUAUUGUGUGCCCGGCAACGGUCAUGAAACAAUGGGUCAAUGAAUUUCACCGUUGGUGGCCGCCUCUUCGUGUUUCCAUCUUGCACACCUCUGGCAGUGGCAUGGUGAAUCUCCGAAGUGAAAGCAGCAGAGAGGACGCAUUGCUGUCCCAGGCCUGGAAUGCAGCUACUUCUCGCCGUAUGCCUAACGGGUUGAAAGCGGCGCGCAAGGUUGUCAAGCGCGUCGUUGAAGAAGGCCAUGUGCUGGUGACGACUUACUCCGGCCUCCAAACUUACGCCUCCCUUGUGAUCCCAAUCGAGUGGGGUUGCGCUGUUCUGGACGAGGGCCACAAAAUCCGCAAUCCGAAUACCUCAAUCACAAUUCACUGCAAAGAGCUUCGGACUCCUCACCGCAUCAUUCUCUCAGGAACCCCCAUGCAGAAUAAUCUCACAGAACUGUGGUCAUUAUUCGACUUUGUCUUCCCCAUGCGACUGGGGACUCUGGUCAACUUUCGAAAUCAAUUCGAGUUCCCCAUCCGCCAAGGUGGCUACGCGAAUGCCUCGAACCUCCAGGUUCAGACGGCCGUCAAGUGUGCCGAGACACUGAAAGACGCGAUCAGCCCCUACCUUCUGCAGCGCUUCAAGAUCGAUGUGGCAUCCGACCUCCCCAAAAAGAGUGAGCAGGUUCUCUUCUGCAAAUUGACCAAGAUCCAGCGAGAGGCGUACGAGGCAUUCCUCGCAUCAUCCGAGAUGCAAGCCAUCCUCAACAAACGCCGACAAGUCCUGUACGGUGUCGACAUCUUGCGUAAGAUCUGCAACCAUCCCGACCUCCCAAAUCAUAAAAUCCAGUCCUCGGCGAAGGAAUACGGUAGCGGUAGCAAAUCCGGCAAGAUGCAGGUGGUCAAAUCACUAUUAGAGCUAUGGAAGGAUACUGGGCAUAAGACUCUGCUUUUCUGCCAACAUCGCAUUAUGCUAGAUAUUUUGGAAAAGUUCGUGCGCUCGAUGUCCGGGUUCAACUACCGCCGAAUGGAUGGCACCACUCCGAUUCAGCAUCGGCAGACGAUGGUCGACGAAUUCAACAACGACCCCGACCUCCACGUGUUCCUGCUUACGACCAAGGUUGGCGGAUUGGGCGUGAAUCUGACCGGAGCAGAUCGUGUCAUCAUCUACGACCCAGACUGGAACCCUUCUACUGACAUGCAAGCACGCGAGCGCGCGUGGCGUCUUGGACAAAAGAGGGACGUCACGAUAUAUCGACUGAUGACAGCGGGCACGAUCGAGGAGAAGAUCUAUCACCGCCAGAUCUUCAAACAAUUCCUCACCAACAAGAUCCUGAAGGACCCGAACCAGCGACAGACCUUCCAGAUGAGCGACCUCCACGAUCUCUUCUCCCUCGGCGAAGACAACCAAGGCGCCACCGAAACCAGCAAGAUCUUCAAAGACACCGCCGCCACGACCUUCAAGAACGGAGAGAGCCAACCCACAGCCCCCGCCGACGUCGAAGACGAAAAGCGAGACAUUCGCAAAGCGGCGGGUGUUGCCUCCAUUGAAGAGUAUCAAGGCGAACAGGAGCAACAACAACAACAACAACACCCAAACCCCCAAUCCGAACCAACCCCCGGCAGCAACCCGGGCUCAGCCCACCAAGAAGCCCGCAUCAUGGAGAAGAUCUUCGCGCGCUCCGGCGUGCACUCCGCGCUGGAACACGACCAGAUUCUCAACGGCAAACGCGUCGUCCGGGCGGACCCCAAGAUCAUCGAGGCGGAAGCCAAGCGCGUCGCCGCCGAAGCCGCCGAGGAGCUCCGCCGCGCCGGCGAAGCCGCCCGCUCCGUUCCCAUCGGCACGCCCACCUGGACCGGCCAGUUCGGUGUGGCCGGCCGACCGUCAGAUGAUCCGCCAGCCCCGUCAGCAGCCACAGCAUCGGCCUCCCUCUUCGCGCGAGGCGGCAGCAGUGCCCGCCGCGCCGGCGCAGGCCCUUCCUCCGCCAGCAUUCUCGCUAACCUGGCUGCUUCUUCCUCUGCUGCGCAGCGGCCCUCCCCCUCCUCGCGGAGCAACACGAAUAGUCCUGCCCCCUCGCGUGCGCCCAGUGGCAUCGACUUCAUCACCCUCCUCCGGGAUUUCAUCACCGCGCAUGGCGGCUCCGUAUACACGCAGAUGCUCAUCGACCAGUUUAAUCAUCACUGCACGACGCCGCAGAAGACGGCGGAGUUCAAGGAGAUGCUCAACACCAUUGCGGUGUUGGAGAAGGGCGGCCGGAGCCGACGCGGCAAGUGGACGUUGAAGCCGGAGUAUGCGAAGAGAUGAUAGUCACAAUUGCUUAAUGUUUGUUGACUCUGGGGGAUGAAAACAUGACGAUGGUAAUUUUACACAUGUG